UGCAUUUAAGAUUUGGAUGAAUGUCUCAUAACGAAGGCAACGAGACUGUUCUUCUGGCGCCAAAUGGCUGUCCACUUGAGCACUUGCCUGAAGAUCCAACACGUCUCUUUUCAUCCAAUGGCCUUACACUGGACCUACCCAGAAUCGGAUGGAUUGGUGCUGGGAUCUGUACACUCCUGGCGACCAUUAUAUCUUUUGUCUUGAUUUAUCGGCAUUUACAAUAUUAUACCAAGCCAAAUCAACAGCGCCACAUUGUCCGAAUGCUUUUAAUGGUUCCUAUCUAUGCGAUCACAUCCUGGUUCUCAUUUGUCUAUGUCCGAGAAGCAGUCUACUACGACAAGAUCCGAAUCCUUUACGAGGCCUUUGUGAUUUCCUCCUUCUUAAUCUUGAUGCUUCAAUACCUUGGAGAUUCACUUGAGGAUCAAAAACGAGUGUUAAGGCGACAUAAAAAGACGGAGCGAUGGUUUUUCCCCUUAUGUUGUAUGAAAUACAAUCCUUCAAGACCUCACUUUUUACAAUAUAUGAAAUGGGGCAUUCUACAAUAUGUUCCUCUUAAUGUGUUGGCCACCGUCUUGACGAUCAUCCUCCAAAUCCAAGGAAGUUAUUGUGAAAGUAGUUGGAAUCCCAAAUUCGGUCAUGUCUGGAUCUUGGUCAUACAAACUACUGCUGUCACCAUUUCGACUUACUUUCUGAUCAUGUUUUACUUCACAGUUCGUGAGGAUCUCAAGGAAUAUUCACCUUUUUACAAGUUUAUGUCUGUCAAGCUGGUGGUCUUCUUCUCAUUCUGGCAAAUGGUGGCAGUCGAAGGCCUUGUCUAUUUUGGAUAUAUCAAGGAGACGACAUAUUGGUCAACCACUGAUAUUGCUGUCGGCAUUAAUGCGAUCCUGAUUGAUAUUGAGAUGGUCUUUUUCGCCAUCAUGCAUCUCAAAGCGUUUAGUUACAAGCCCUAUAUGAUCAUGGACAGGACUCAAAAGACACCUAUCUGGAAGGGGCUUUUAGAUUCAUUCAAUCCUCUGGAUACGAUCCGGGAGUUGGCCUAUGGAGUCAAGUACAUGUACAGGUGGUCCAGAGGAAUCCCAGUGGAUAAGGACAGUAGGCGACUGCUGGACCUUGAGCGCGCUUUCGGAAGGACACGA